AUGGCCGUGAUUGAUAUCACAGAUGCCACAGCAAAGGACUGCGAAUCUAAGGAGACCUCUGGGUCUGCGGGGCAGCUGCAUAUCGGGUGUUGUGUUUGGACGUUUGGUAAAGCUCCUACGCGGACCCGUGGUGGCCAGCGAGAUAUGGCCUCUAAGUUGGAACAGAGGAGAUACUGGGAGAUUGCGAAACCUCUGGUCGUGGAACUGUGCGGCCAGUGGACUGAAGGGUGCGCAAGCACAACGUGUACCGCAAACAUCUUGUUGAAUUAUCUGCGUGAUAUGUAUGAGGAGUUUCAGCCCUGCAUGGCGCUGUUUCCGACCUCGUCCAACCCACUCGACUAUGUCCAGGCCAUCGAAGCCCACCUCAGCGAUAUUGCGAUGACCAGUCCGCAAAACCCACUGCCGGGACUGCUGGCGGGUUCUAAACGCAAGCUGGAGUGGAUCGACACAUCUGCAGCUCCUACCGAGAGAGCCGUGGCCCGCCGGCGAACCGCCGAUAUCAAUCAGGUCGACGCGGUCGCCGGUGGACCGGCCGACCAUGUCUGCAGUAGGCAGCUCGGCCCGUUGGUCACCGAGUGGCAGCACUCCAUCCCAAGCUUCCACGAAGGCGGGGAUGUGGAGGGACUGACUUGCGUCUUGCCGGAACUGGACGAUGAGGGUAGCGUCGGUAGUGGUAGCGGGACCGGCGGCCGGGAGGAAGAUCGAGGUUGCGGGCAAAACCAGCUCGCUUCGGUCUGUCAGGGCUCUAUGUCGGAUACGGAUGAGAGCGACAGGAGUACGGCCGAUGGCCCUGAGCAACAGUCUGGGCGCGACGAUGCAUUCGUAGCGUUGGAGGCCACGGAUCUGUGCGGUGGCCCGCUCGCCCAGCCGGGCGCGGGGGCUGCCUUCGACCACUUGCUCCGGGAAUUCCACGAGACCUCCGCGGACUCCAUGCAGCAACCUACCCCGUCUCUUGAUGGCUCAUCUGAGAGCGUCCCCGGGCGGUCCGGCUCCCGCUGCGGAAUUACAUUUAUUGAUGCCGAGGCCCCGGAACGCGCACGCCUGGAUCCAUUGUUUGUUCCGCAGAACACUCAAUGGCCGGAGCCGCAGAUGCAGCCAUCAUGGUCUACGGGGCAGACGCCGAUUGACCCUGGUGAUGUCGCGCCCUUCUCGCAAUCGUCCUCCCCGAGCUUGUCCACAGCCGACACCGCCAGGCUGGCAGACAGCUGGUGCCUUCCGGAAAACAUCAGCCAAGCCAUCUUGAAUGCAUUCCCUUCCUCCCCAGUGACGCCUGGCAUUCACGAGGGAACGGUCACGAAUGCGACCAUGGCGGACGGCCGGCAUGACAGCCCAGACCGGGAUGCUGGAGCCGCUUGGCAGGGUGAAUGGGCUGCGCUGCGCGAUACCCUGUCGCGCGGCCUGUCGGAGGACGACUCGAUCUCAGUCUACGGAGCAUCCUUGACGCGCGCCCAUGUGAGCCGGUUGCUGGCUGAACUGCGCACCCCCGGGGGUCUCUCAGACUUCAGCGUUGACCUCCUGGGGGAGCGGCUGGCCCGGCAGCACCAUGCCCAGAAUCUGCGGAUCGGGGACGUGGGGUGGAAGGACCAGCUCCACCGGGGUUCGCUCCGGCUGUACCCUCUCCCACGGACGUUGCUGUUGCCCGACAGCAGGCACGGCAACUGGUCCUUGAUAGAAGUCCAGACUAGCACCGGGGCCGUCGUGCACUACUCCUUUGCCUCCAAAGAGCCGUCCGCGCACGAUGUUUCGCGCCCACAGGCCUGUUCCACCUGCCAGGCCGCCACAACUGCCUUGUCCCAGCAUUUGCGCGAGUGCCAGCAACCCUGUCCCGAAUGGCAGGUAGACCAUCAGUGCCUCGGGUCCGAUGGGGAGGUGAAUCGCAGUGAGACCCGCUUCCUCUGGACCAUGGCGCAGCGGGCAGGAGGGCUUCCCGUGCAGGGGGAUCCCCCGGACACCUUCCGGUCCAGCCUGGCCCAGACAAUUGUCGCGGAGGUGCUCCAGUCCCGUACCAGUCAGCCACCGUCACUGGUUGGUGGGUUGACCGGCCUGUCACGUCACGAGAAGGCGGAACGGCGGUGGUCUGCCGUGACAGGACGCAGUGGAGCUCUGGAUCUGACCAGCACGUGGCAGCGAGUGGCACAGAUGCCGCUGGGCGGGGUACCCAUGGGAUGGGAACAAGCGGAUCGAUUGCUUCAGCUGACAUUCAACAUCGCAUCACCUGCGGUCUUAGUGGGGAUCAAGCGCCAGCUGUCACAUUUGCGGGCCCGAGAGCACGAUACGACGCGUCCCUUUGGCCGCAGCGCGGCGGGCGUGUUUGAGGCGGGCCUGUGGCACAAAAGCAAUGAGCAAUCGUCUCGGAUUGGGCUUGCGUUGACCUGCUGGUAUGUCCACGAUCUGCGCCAGCAGCAUAGCCAGAGGGGCUGCCCGGACCCGUUGGGCCAGACCGUCGGGGACAUCAUCCAGGGCCUCCCGGCGGACGCUCGGGAUUAUCGCCAGGUGGAGGAGAAGGUCAAGGAGUGGAGCAAGCGGGCAUGGCCGUGGAAACAGCUCGCGCGUAUCGCUGGGUCUCCUAACAUUCUCUGCUUCCUUCCCCAAGGCGUGGGCUACUUCUCCGGCGAGGAGGGAUCGUCCAUGACGGACUACCGCACGCUGAAAAAGACCCAGUUUGAAGCCAUGGAGGCGGUCCUGCAGCAGUUCCGGCCCCGGUUGCUGCAGAAUAUUCCCCCGGAUUUCUUCGAGAUCUUCCUGUACAACCGCCUGCCAGCAGCCCGGUUUGCGUUCGAACAAUGGAUGGACGAGGAGAUGCUGCAUGAGCCUCUUGAUUCCAGCAAAUUCGACCACGCUUUUGACCCGCAGCCAAGUUGA